AUGGAUGUCACCGGCGGACCGAAAUCCACGGGGUACGCGGGCGCGACGAAGGCCAAGGCGAAGAGCGACGGCAAGGACUCGCUGCGUAAGCUGUUCAAGCUGCCGGACGACGAGGUGCUCAUCGAGGAGUACCUGUGCGCGCUGUACAAGAAAAUUUUGCUCCAAGGGCGGAUGUACCUCUUCCGCAACUACGUGUGCUUCUACAGCAACGUGUUCGGCUACCAGAAGAACAAGGUGAUCCCGCUGAAGGACGUGACGAUCGUGCGCAGGGCGUACACCGUCAAGGUUGUGCCCAACGCCAUCGAGAUUGUGUGCAACGGCAAGUGCGAGUUCUUCACGUCGUUCAUAUUCCCCGACAGAGCCUAUCGGAACAUAACCAACGCGUGGAAGGAGUGCAGCCAGUACGCGAAGAUCUUCGCCGCGGCGGACGUGGACAACAGCAAAGUGGCGGCGGAGAUGCUGGUCGUGCCCAAAUUUUCCUCGCCUCCCUCCGCGGAGGUGGCCGCGAUGCUCGGCCUUCGUGACGGCGGCGACGGCGGCGACGACGACGACGCCGGCUCGAAGGGGUCCGGCCCGAGGAGCUCCGGCAGCGACGGCCCCCGGAGCGACGAUGACGUGGACGAUGACGUGGACGAUGACGUGGACGUCGCGAACGAGGACGAUUUCGGUGAGCGACUGGUCGCCACGUCCACGCCGGUCCCCCCCCGCCCGUCGGACAUGCGAACGCUCGAGGAGUGCGUGCUCGAGUGCGCCGUCGAGGACGUCUUCUCGCUGGUUUGGUCGGACAGCGCGGCGGGCGCGUUUGGAGCCGAGGAUCACGCGUCCCGGGGCGAGACGGCGGUGCAGACGACCAAAUGGAGCCGGCACAGGCACCACGGUCACGCCAGGGACCUCACGUUCAUCGCGCCCGUCAACGCCAGCAUCGGUCCGAAGCAGACCAACUGCCACCAGACGCAGAGCUACCACGCGUGCAGAGGCGGGGCGCUGGUGGUGGACACGAGC